AUGGUUGGGUCGGUUUUGCUGGAAAAGAGAAAUCUGAAUCAGAGGAGUCACACCCGGACAAAAAUGUCAUCACGGAAUAAUCAGCGUUUGUUUCCAUUGAGGAUACAAAGUUUUCAAAGUUGUUCUACAGCAGAUGGAGCUUAUAACAUAAAAGGAAAAUCAGUUCUGAACUUUAUUUACAAAAAAGUCUAUAUGAAGUGUCGACAGAGGUUAAAAUCAUGGAAGAAAAGUUUGAUGGAUGAGAUGGAAAAUGGUAGAGAGCAUUUGAAAAUGGAUUGCCUUGCUUCUUCUUCUUCACCAUUAAAACCAAUCAAUGCUUAUAUUUUAAAGACUCUCGAGGAGAACCACAAAGUUGUUCACAGGCUACGUGAUACAGUUCACAUGAUACAGGAGCGUAGACGCAGCUCACCAACAACCAGAUUGUAUUUCGCUGAUGUAACAAAUUACGAUGAUCUAAAUGGACAGGUGAGUAACUUGGAUGACCUUACAAAUUGGACUGACCAUCUUGUCCAGUAUAUCCAGCUGAAACAAUACCCCUCAAUAGGCCAGCUGAAAGACCAAUCAAACAGCCUGAUGCACUAUUUGAUGAACAUCAGUAAGAUAGUUGACUUUCCCGAAGAAAUGGCCCUUCAACUGCUGAAGCAUGAUCUCCAGUUCACCUGCAACAUAUCUUCUGUUGAUUAUUUGAAAAUAUUCUCAUCUGAAUGCUUCGUACUCGAUUCACUUCCAUCUGAUAACUGCCAUUUUCUGCCUAAAUGCCUAUCAAGUUAUGGUGAUAAUGGUGGGGACGAGGGUGAUGAUGAUAAUGAUGGAGUAAGGACCCUGAUCAUGAUGCUACAAUCAUAUGUUAAUGUUAAGAUGUGGGUGGUAGACGCCUUGUUGUGCCAGAAGUCUUUCGAGCACAGAAAAUUCAUGCUGGUGUUCAUACUCAGGGCCUGUCAGCUGUCAUUCGAAAUUGGGUCACUGAAUUCUGCUGUGGCUCUCAUUGCAGGACUCAGAUCAAAAGCUCUCCAACCAUUUUGGUUAUCCUUGGGUGAUAGAAGCCUAUCGAGACUCGAGCCAUUCGUCACAUUCCUCUAUCACAUCAAUCUGAAUGCAUGCUUCCAUCUCAUUUGCUCAUCCAGUCACAUGAUCCCGUUCGUUGGCGGAGUCUUGUGGGAUGUUUGGCAGAGGUUAUUUGCUGGUGUUGGUGAUUACUCCAUUGAUAGAUAUCUGACUGUUUUCGUUUUGAAGUCUGGCAAACUUAAGUUUGUGGCAGAUUACAAAGUAGUCAACAGUG